AUGACACAAGUUUAUCAACCAGGAAACAAGGUAUACGCCAAAUUAAGAGGUUAUCCAUGGUGGCCCGCGAGGAUUGAAGACGAAUCAGAGCUUCCGUCUUCUGUGCUUGCACAAAAGCCAAAAGGCUCACAGAAAGUUUGGAGUGUGCGGUUUUUUGGAACUAGAGACUAUGCUUGGAUGCCACCAAGGCAGCUGCGAGAAUUCGACAAACAACUUGCGGAAGAAUCUCUCGAGAAACUAAAAGGGAAAAGGAAGGAAAAGUUAUUGGAAAGAUCAUUCAUGGAAGCACUGGAUUUAGUAUCAAAUAUCGAUGGUAGCGACGAUGAAGAGGCUGAUGCUACGCCAGAAUCAUCCAAUAAUGAGAUGGACGUUGACGGCGUGAGUAAGAGAUCGUCCGACUCUUCACACGAAGAAAGUACCGAAGAACGGCCAAAGGGACGAGGAGCCAGGUCUCGCAGGAAUUCGAAAAGUGCAUCGACUGCAUCAACUAAGCAAAAUACCGCAAAAUCAGGAACUGCAAAAUCAGGAUCCGCAAAAUCAGGAACUACAAAAUCAUCGACUGCCAAUACAAAGUCGACAAAACGUAGACAUAGAAAGAUCGAUUAUACCGACGACGAAGAAGAACCUAUGGAUAUUGAUCAGAAUGGUAAAGAUGAAGGAAAAGACAAAAUACGAAACCAGAGUUCCAAAAAGCGUCGCCGUAUGUCGAAAGACAAGAGCAAUGAGCAAGUAUCAAAUAGUGAUGAAACGGGUUCUGAUGGAAAGUCCGAGAGCGGAGCUGGAGAAGGUCCGAACGGGCCAGAUGCCUUGGACGAGGAAUCGGGUGCCAAUGCGAAAUCGAAAAAAUCGGAAGCAGAAUCGAACGCUCGUUCUGGCAAAACCCCGAAAGCCUCUACACCUACGGAGAAGCUAGUUCACUUGCGGCAUAAACUUCAGAAAUUAACGCUGAAGGAUCCCGUUAUGGAUCAAGUGAAAGUUGAUCAACUCUUUGGAGAAGUUGAAAGCUUUUCCAUUACCAUUCCGCUGUUGAAGGAAAGCAAAAUGGGUAAACUAAUGAAAAAGAUUGCCGCGAAAAACAUUGAUCCUGAUCCAUAUAAGAUAAAGGACCGAUGUACGGACUUGAUGAAAAAGUGGAAGUGUUUGUUGGAAAGUUCUAGCCAAGAGCCAGCCGAAGAAACCACUUCCCCGAAAGCAGAUGGCAAAACCUAG